CAAAAGAAAAAAGAAAAUUAUAUUAUGACAUCCACACAUUUAAUAUAUAAUUUUAUAAUAAUAACAGCCAAACUAUGUAGUGAAAUUUUAUCUAUGCCUUAAUUUCAAUUGAGAAAAUUUUCCACUAAUAAACAAGAAUAAAUUAUUGAUAAAGAAUAUUGACCACAUUCACAGCUAUUUCAAGGUAAUGUUUGUAAACAUUCUUUCCAGUUUACAACAAGCUGUGAAAUAGGAAUGUGCUUAUCCUUUCCUUGAUAAAUUACUAAUAAAACAAACAAAAUGGAGAAUUACAUGUACUGUAAGACGAUCGAAUAUGAUCCUAUGUGUGAUAAGGAGAAUCCACAGAAGAUAAGUUUUGAGGAUGUCUCCGCCGCUGCCUUCAGAAUACAAAGCGGAAUUAUAAAGACGCCCUGUGUGAAAUCACACAUGUCUACAAUAUAUGGUAUGGAUAUUUACCUUAAGAAUGACUUCUUGCAACAUACCGGAAGCUUUAAAGAGCGCGGGGCCAGGAACGCAUUACUGCUUCUUUCGCCAGAAGCAAAAAAAUGUGGUGUCAUCUCUGCUUCAUUGGGCAACCAUUCACAAGGUUUGAGCUACCACGCCAAUUUACUCAACAUCCCAGUGACAGUGGUUAUGCCAAAUGUAGCGCCUAUUAUGAAAAUACAGAAAUGUCAGUCCUAUGGCGCUAACGUAGUAAUACAUGGAAACGAUAUGAAAGAAGCCAAAUAUCAUGCGAUGACAUUGGCGAAAGAGAAGCAGCUUACAUACAUUAAUGGUUAUGAUCAUCCACACAUAAUGGCCGGCCAAGGGACAGUGGGGCUUGAGAUUAUGGAACAAGUUCCUGACGUGGACGCGGUACUCGUGCCAGUAGGUGGCGGAGGGUUGCUUGCUGGGGUUGCCACUGCUAUAAAACACCUCAAUCCAAAUGUUCUUAUAUAUGGCGUAGAGACUGAGAAAUGUCCCAGUAUGAAGAUGGCACUCAAGAAUAACGAACCAACGAGUGUGGAAAUCAAGUCAACUCUCGCAGACGGACUCGCCGUUCCCACCAUGGGAUACAAUGCUUUCCUCACUGCCAAACCGAUCAUGGAUAAACUGAUAACAGUAAAUGAAGACUGGCUUGCUCGGGCUAUUUUGCGCCUUGUGGAGCAAGAAAAAUACGUAGUGGAAGGUGGCGGUGCUGUUGGGGUUGCCGCUAUAAUGGCAGGCCUAGUACCCGAACUUGCUAACAAAAAGGUGGUGUGCAUUCUAUCCGGCGGCAAUAUCGACACCACGAUCUUGGGACGCUGCUUAGAACGCGGCCUUGCGGCUGAACAGAGACUAGUCAAAUUCAAAGUAACCGUCAGUGACCGACCCGGUGGUAUCGCAGAGCUGUGCAAGAUGAUUGCAUCCAUAGGAGUUUCUAUAAAGGACAUUAUUCAAGAACGCGCGUGGAUUUACGGUGACAUUUUUAGUGUUCAGGUAAAAGUAGUAUGCGAGACUCGGGGAGCCGAACACAUAAAGGAGUUGCAUGCCUUAAUCGCAAACUCGUAUAAAGAAUGGUACUUCACAGGAGAACACGACGAAAAAAUGCAUAGGAAUAACGAUGCGUCAGAAAAUGAUACAAUCUAGAAUUUAAGUCAUUGUGUAAUAAUUUAUUAAUUAAUUUAAACAGUGCUAUGUAUAAUUAAUUGUCAUAAUUAAUUUUACAUAGCACUUAUGUUAUAUAUUAUAAUUAUUUGUAUAUGUGCUAAUAGGUAUGUGUACUACUAAAAUAUACAAUAAAAUAUACGUUACGUACGUGUGUGUGAUUAGAUAAUAUACAAAAUAAAUUUUGUCGAAAAAAUUAUUUAUUGUAAAAACGGAAUAUUCAUAUGCUUUUGUCGCCGUUGUGUCUAUUCAUCUGUACCCGUAUGUGAGUUUUUUUUGGUCUUAUAAUUUUUUUAUUUUUUUAUUAAAUCAAUAAAACAUUUUGUCUGUAAAAAAAUAUUUUGUAAACAUAAUGCGAUAUAUUAUCAUUCAACAUUGUGUCAUUCAAAAUAAACAAAAUUAUAAGCGAUCACAGUAAGUUUUAUCUGUUUUGUAAUUUAAAUUCGUUUAUAAUUAAUUACUUAUUAUUUACAUAAGUGCAUAAUUAUAGAUAUGUAAUUAAAGUUAUGUUUUAACUCCAUUUUUUAAUCUGUAAUAUAAUCGACUUCACUUGAAGUA